UCGGAAGAUCCAAAUUUGCCCCACUUGCCCGAAAUAGGCCCCGACCGGAGCGAAGAUUCAACGCAGAGAGUAGUGAGAGAAUCGAGAGGCACGGCGCGAGAUCGGCACAAGCAGCCGUCAACGACAGCAGCAGAAGAAGAGAGCAAGCAACUUAGAGAGAGAGAGAGAAAGAGAGGAGCGAAAUAGAGUGUGAGUGAACCGGCAUUAAUGGCGGAGGAGCAGCAAACGCAGCAUCCGCGGCGGAAUCACGGCGAAGAGAGCGUCAAGCUCUUCGUCGGUCAAGUGCCAAGGCACAUGACUGAAGCGCAGCUUCUCGCAAUGUUCAAAGAGUUUUCCAUCGUUGAUGAAGUCAAUAUCAUUAAGGACAAGACUACGCGAGCUUCCCGAGGGUGUUGUUUCGUGAUAUGCCCGUCCAGAGAAGAAGCAGACAAGGCUGUUAAUGCGUGCCACAACAAGAAGACACUUCCUGGGGCUUCCAGUCCAUUGCAAGUAAAGUAUGCUGAUGGCGAAUUGGAAAGACUAGAACACAAGCUCUUCGUUGGUAUGCUACCAAAGAAUGUUUCUGAUGCUGAGCUCUUGACCUUAUUUUCACAAUUUGGAACCAUCAAGGAAUUGCAAAUUAUUAGAGGGUCUCAGCAAACUAGUAAAGGAUGUGCUUUUAUGAAAUAUGAGCAGAAAGAACAGGCUGUUGCCGCCAUAAAUGCCCUCAACGGAAAGCAUAGAAUGGAGGGUUCCACAGUCCCCUUAGUAGUCAAAUGGGCAGAUACAGAAAAGGAAAGGCAAGCUCGGAGGGCUCAAAAAGCUCUAUUUCAAGCAUCUUCGCCUGACUCUGGACAGCAUCCAUCUCCAUAUGAAGCUUUACCUAUUGGUUAUAUGCCUCCGUACAAUGGAUAUGCUUAUCAGAGUCAUGGAACAUAUGGAAUCAUGCCGUACCGCUUCCCACCAGUGCAGAACCAACAUGGUUUUCAGAAUAUUGUUCCACCGCCCACAAAUCAAGUAAGCGCAGUACCUGGCACCACUUCUGAUCCUUCAUCCAGAUUGACCCCAAGAAGCUAUGCUAUGUCUCCAGCAAGUUACUUAAGAUCUCCUUACUCUGUCCCCGGGGUUCAGUAUCCGAUGCCAUAUCCUGGAGGAGGAAUAUUGAAUAAUAAUAGACCUUUUAGUAAUUCUCUUGGCGCUAACAGCUCAUCUGCAGCAUCUUCAAGCAUCAACUCAGUAUCUGGGGGUCAGAUUGAAGGUCCUCCUGGUGCCAAUUUAUUUAUUUAUCAUAUUCCACAAGAAUAUGGUGAUCAAGAACUAGCAAAUGCAUUUGAACCAUUUGGUAGGGUCUUGAGUGCAAAGGUUUUCAUAGACAAGGCAACCGGCAUUAGCAAAUGUUUCGGAUUUGUCAGUUAUGACUCUCCAGAAGCUGCACAAGCUGCUAUUAACAGUAUGAACGGCUACCAAUUAAAUGGGAAAAAAUUGAAGGUUCAGCUUAAAAGAGACAAUAAACAAACCAGACUUCAUUGAUAUAUAUCAAGCAAGGUGUGGGAAUUAUAUGCAUCAAUGACAACACAUUUUACUGGCUUAGGAUUGCAAUUUCAGGCGUAUUACACGAUUAACAUCUACAUGGCUACUGGAGCCACUCAUGGGAUUGAAGCAUGGGAAACAUGUAAUUUGUGAUUUUUGGGGGGUUCCGAUGUAAUUUUUGUAUAAUGAUCAUUUUCAUUUAGACAUCAAUUUUUUAAAAUUAUUCUUUUGAUUUAUGGACCUGAUUUCAUUUUCUCCUCCAUUGGUCAGAAGCUUUUUCAUUUCUUACCCGUUUCUUU